AUGGGAUCAGAGAAUGAAUUAGAUAACAUCGUUGGGGAGGAGAGUUCAUCAUUUUCAGCAUUAGAAGUUCCUAAAGGGGAUAUCCUAUUUUGCGUUAAUAAAUCAUUUCUGAAGACUUGUGCACAUUUGUCCUUUUUGAUUUUUUCUAUUUAUAUUAUAUUAAAGCACACAUUUCCAACUGUGUUCAAAAAAUUGAAUAACACAUUAGAUAACAACACAUUAAAUGCAAUAAUAUCUGGCCAAGUUUAUCUAGACAAUUCAGAUGAAAAGGAAAAUACUGUAUUACAAAAUGGAAUAGGAGGAAAAUUUAAUUAUUCUCUUAGCAAUAUAUACACAAAUGACAAUGAAAAAAAAUAUGGUGGAGAAUACAUUCCUUUGGAGGAAGAAACAGUUAAUGAUAAGGAAAAAGAAAAUGACAAAAAAUGUGAAGAUGUAAAAAAAAAAUAUAAUAAUGAAAUCAAAGAACUUGAACAAAAUAUUGAAAAUGUAAGUAUAAAUCGUAAAAUAGAAAAUAAUAUAGAUAAAAAUAUUUUAGGCAAAGAGACAGGUUACAAUAAAGUAGAUGAGAGAAUAAAAAAUAAUAAAAGUGAAACAAAUGAUAAUAAUUCAAAAGAAGAAGAAGAAAAAUAUUAUUUUUUGCAAGAAAAUGACAAUAUGGAAAUGAAUCCAGGAAAGGCAUCAUAUUUUGAAAAAAUAGAAACGCACAUAUAUAGAAUAAAUGAAGAAGACGAAGUUCUGGAUAAUGACAUAAAGGAUGAUGACGUUUUAAAAGAAGGAAACGGAGAUAUUAAGAAUAAAAAAGGACAUAUUUUGAACACAAAGAAUAUUACUCUUGAUAUAGAAAAAGGUGGGAAAGAAAGUAUAAAUAAGAAUGAAAAAGAAGAUGAAAAGUAUGUUCAUGAAAGCGUAUUAUUAUAUAACCAAAUAAAAAACGAAGUACAUGACAAUGAAGCCCAAAGUACAAGUAUUAAUAUAAAAAAAGUUGAUGGAGAUAAUAAUGAAAAUAGAAAAACGAAUAGUAAUUCCCAAGAAGCUGCACAAGAAAUAAACAAAAAACGCGUUAAUAAAUAUAAAUUAAAGGAACAUGAAGAAAAUACUCAAAAUAAUUCAACAGAAGAUGUAUCAAAAAUGGAUGAAAAAGAUUAUAAUAAAACAGUAAUAAACGACGAUAAAAAGGAUGCAGGCGCAAAGAAAGUACAAAAAGAAAUAAUACGAGAAAAGGUAGAUGCGAAAAAAGGAGAAAUUAAAAAGGAAGAUGUGAAAAAGGAUGAAACUAAAAAGGAAGAUGUGAAAAAGGGUGAAAUUAAAAAGGAGGAUGUGAAAAAGGAAGAAAUUAAAAAGGAUGAUGUGAAAAAGGAAGAAAUUAAAAAGGAUGAUGUGAAAAAGGGAGAAAUUAAAAAGGAAGAUGUGAAAAAGGAAGGUAUUAAAAAAGGUGCUAUUAAGAAAGACGAUGUUAAAAAAGAAGCGAUAAAAGACAUAAAGGACCCUAAAAAAGAAAUAAGAAGUGAAAAGGACAAAAAAAAAGACAUAAGAAGGGCAAUAUCAUUAGAUACCAUUUAUAAAAGUGAAUAUGAUGUAAAUGACGAUGACUCUGAUGAUGGUAAAUCCGAUGAAUGGAAAAAGAAAGAAUGGGACAAUUGGUUAAUUAAGACCGAGGAGGAUUGGAAACUAUUUAACACAAGCAUCGAGAACAAAAAAAAUAGAUGGCUUGAAAAAAGGGAGAAAGAAUUAGAACAAUGGCUUGUAAAUAUGCAGAAUAAGUGGAUGAAUUUUAAAGAAAAUGAUGACACUGAAUUUAAAGUGUAUGCCAUGAAAAAUGCAUCAACAUGGAAUGAUAGUGAAUGGGAACAAUGGACUAAAACAGAUGGAAAAAAACAUAUGGAAACAGAUUUAAAUAAAUGGUUUAAUGAGAAAGAAACCUUUUUGGAAGGUUGGGUUUCUAAAGAAUGGAACCAAUGGAAAAAUGAAAGAAUGAUUCAAUGGUUAUCUGUUGAUUGGAAACAUAAGGAAGAUGAAACCUUUGAAAAUUGGAAAUCAACGAAAUUUACACAUAUCUUACAUUUAAAAAAGAAUAAAAGAUGGAACAAAUGGAAAGAAAGGACAAAUAAAGAAAAGGAAGAUUGGGCUAAUUGGGUAAAGGGGAAAGAAAAAUUAUAUAUAAAUAAUAAAUGGGAUAAAUGGUCAAAAUGGAAAAAGGAUAGGCGUGUUUUAUAUAAUCAAAAAUUCGUGUCUUUCAUUAACAAAUGGAUAAAUGACAAACAGUGGACCGUAUGGAUCAAGGAUCAAAAUGGUCAAGCUUUAUAA